UUGCCAUCUCCUCUUCGUUUGCUAACCAAAACUGCAAUAUUUAUUUUUAUCUUUUCCACCAAUUUCCAAAAUUGCAGCUGCCACUUUAAUGCCCAUUAAUGAUCUACUCUAUAUAUUUCUCUUUCCCUAAGCCAUAAAUUUCUUGUAUUUUGCUCUUGAACUUAUUUGUUGCAAAUAGUAGCAGUAGCUAUGGCGGACAAUUCCUCUCAGUUGAAAUCCGAUGCUAUAUUUGAGCAAAUGAAACUUCAUCUCACUACUGAUGCUGGCAAGGCACUCAUCAAAAAUAUUGGCCUCGUUUACCAAAUCAACAUCGCCCCUAAGAAAAUUGGAUUCAAUGAGAAGGUGUAUGUUGUUGAUCUGAAGAAAGGAGACUGUAAGGAAGGGCCAUACGAGGGUGGGAAACCCGAUGCAACCUUUUCAUUUAAGGAUGAUGAUUUUGUGAAGAUUGCCACUGGAAAAAUGAACCCCCAAAUUGCUUUUAUGAGGGGUGCAAUGAAAAUUAAGGGCAGCAUAAGUGCAGCACAGAAAUUCACACCUGACAUUUUUCCAAAGCCUUCAAAAAUGUGAACAAAGCUACUACCAAAAUGUCAGUAGGGACUGUUCUUUUAUAUUUUGUGUCACCAAAAAUCAACUCAUAUGAUAAAAAAAUUAUGGAGGAUUUGAAUUUUAUUUGUCUGUUCUUAGGGUAUAAUUCUGUGUCCCUUUAAUGAUGUAUUACUGGGCUUUCCAUCAAGGAACUGAAAUAUAAAUGUUCACAUUUUACAGAGACUGAUUAUUGUGUCUUCAA